AUGUCUAACAAUAACAAUAACAACAACAAUAACAACAACAAUUCGUCGUCGACAUCCCAGUCUGCAUCGGCGUCGUCCUCUACGCCCAUUGACAUUCCUGCUACUGCCCCGGUCGGCGGUCUCACCAUCACCCAGCCCCCUCAGACAGCGACGUCCUAUUACAAGAUCGCCCCUUCUAACACCAUCACAUUUGGCUGGAACUUCACCAACGUUCUCGUUACCCCCACGGCUCUCACCAUCUCCGCCGUCUGCGACAAUGGCAACACAUACCCCGUUGGCAACGGUACCCUCGCCGGGACUGCGACCAGCGUGGAGUGGGAUCUGUGGUCGUACCAGCAGGCGAAUCCCAGCACGCCGCUCGACGUCGCGACAUAUACCCUGGAGAUAUGGACCGGCUCAAAGGGUGCAGCAGAGCAACCGGGGAUGCUCGCGGAGAACAGCGAUCUUCAGUUUGCGCUAUACUCUCCGCAACCUUAUACUCCGCUCUCAAGCUGGACAUGUGCAGGAUGCAAUGUCAGCGGCGCGUGGUCGACCUAUGUCGCUCACCCCGCAUUCGUCAGUCUCGUCGCGACUUUUGUCAUUAUGUUCCUCUCCGGAUACUCGGUUCUGCGGCAGGCCCGGCACUGA